AAAGAUGUUUGCAAGUACACUUGAUAUUUAAUACAGUUCAGAAAUGUUAGUAGACAUAAAAUGCAGUAGAUGGCACUACUAUACACUAAACAGUCGGCAAUUUUAAGUUGCUGAGUUGCAGGCAAAGACAUUUCUCCAACAGAAAAUAAGUAACAAAUUAAAAGAAAUCUAAUGUCCGGGUCAUUGGAUUAUCAUCGCUCUGAAGAGGGAAGAGAAGCAUGUUUUUCUUUUGUGGUUAGAUUGUUAAAUGAAAUAGUAGUACAACAGUGGGACCUUUGCUAAAACAAGGCCAGUCUGUUACAGUGCCCGAGGCAACUAUGUUAAUAUCGUUAACUCCUUGCUGCAACUUGUAUAUGAUGUCGCGGAUGUUGCUAUGCGGUCGGUACCUGUCAGUUUAAACAUUGCAUUCAGCUAAACGUGAUGUCAUGCUUUGUUUUAUCGGUAGCAAAUUCUUAGUAACUGGUUAUGCAAUAAACGAAUUGCAAAGAAAGCAAGUAUAUUUGGCAUUUGUGCAAAAUAUAUGCUGUCUGUUUCCUCAUUGGCUUGUAAGAUAACACUGAAGUUUCAUGAUGGGACCCAAUUUGCAAUUAAAAACUGGGAAUUGGCAUUAUAUUUUUCAUUCUGGAUUAGUAUCAGUUUCUUUUAUAAUUUCUGUUUUAUAUUACUGAAAGAAUUUAUAUUAUUGUGCAGUACUUUUAGUACUAAAAGAGAUCUUGGCUUGUUAGAAUGUAUCAAUUCAUUUUAUAUUGAACAAAAUAAUGAUUUCCAUAUUAGUGGAAAGCUAUAUUUUUAUCAGUAUCAUAAAGAAGGCAAUAAUUCAGUUACUGGUACUCUUUCAGUAAGGCACAAUUCUGAUGAUGAGAACUAUAAAAAUUCAGUAACUAUCUCAGAUUUGAUAUGUCAAUCAUAUUUGAGUCUGAAAGAAGCAGAUGACUUUAAAGUUAAAUGUUUCUUGUUCGGACGAAUUAUUUUCCACCAAAACAGUAAAAGACUGUUACCUGCCUCAAAUCUUCUAUGUGGAUUGCUGGAGACGCUGAUGAAUGGUACGGAAAAGUCUGCCAUGACUGGGAGUUCUAAUCCUCGUAAUGAACAGCUAAAUUGGCUAUCCGAAGUUGCUUCUGCUGCAUCUAAGGGAGCAUUAAGUCGACAUGUGUCAUCUCCUGAAGUCAACGAAGUGAAUUCUUCUGCACCAACUGUAUUAACUGACACUGGAGAUGGUACACCUUCAUUACUGCUACCCAGCUCCGUACCUGUAUUCUCCCCACCUGUUGUUAUAGCUAGACCAAUUGAUACUAGUAGUUUGAGAAUGUUCGCUUCUCCAUUCCAAGUUGAACGCACACGUCAUGUGCAGCAGGCUUCGAUACCAAUUGGUGGUUCAGGUACAGCAUUGUAUUAUAGCCAAGCUCCUCGUACUGUACCAUACUCAAAUUUUUUUCCUGCUACCUAUUCAUCAGCUACUGUUUAUGCCCCAGCUUCUCAUUCUGUUGUUACAAGUGCUUCAGUUAACCCACCUGAACCAGUACGUUCCUAUUUACAGGUUGAUAACUAUUCAUUGAAUAGUGUGCCUAACAUUAGCUCAACACAUCCUCAUCAUUCUUGUUCACCUGGAUAUUUACAGCAACAUUCACAGUCAGCUUCAAGUCCUACAAGCAUUGGUCUGUCUCAAACAGUAUCCCACAAUAGACUCUUCCAACAAGGAAGAAGUAUUCUUAUUAGCAGAUCUCCUGAGGGGAUGAUUGUUCAUUCACCACAUGAAAGAGAACCUGGCCAUGUCAAACUUCAACUGUCUCCCACUUUGCUUCAAGAAGAUACUGCAAGGAGAAAAUCUUUCACAUCUGCUGACUCAGUAUUAGGUUCUGCUAGCUGCAGUCCUAUUACUGAAACUUCCCAGACCACUACAGUUCCUGCAGAUUUUGGAUUAGCAAAGGAAUAUGUGGGCCAAUUAAGGACAUCGCCUUCGCAUGUAGGAUAUAAAUUACCAACUGGCAAAGAAGGUAGUCUUAAACACAGAAUUUUACGACCACCAAGCAUUAAUAUCAUUGAUCUGCCUCAGUCAGUUGUGGCCGAUGCCCCACUUUCAGCUCCGCCCAUUCGGACACACCGUGAGCCAUCUCCAAAACAGGCAAGAUCUAUUCCUUCUUCUGGGUAUCGCUCAUUUUCAAGCUCUGCAUCUUCUUUAACUGAGGUCACGAACAGAAUUCCCUCAUCUAGUGCAAGUCCUUCUGGCAGUUUUCCUAACCAUUGUUCUUCACUUUCAUCUGGUUCUCCAUCUCCAGCUCCUCCCAGUUCGCCAGGAGCAGCUGCACAGCUAAAGUAUCCUCAGUCAUUCAUCAAAGGUGCCAUUAUUCAGCUAGCCAACAACCAGUUAAAGCAAGUGGAAAAUAUGACUACAGAAGAUUUUAUUGAAUGUGGUUUAUUAAGUUCCACUUUGAAAAUAGAUUCUAGUACUGUAGUGAGCAUUGAGAAAACUCCUUCUACAGGAGCUGCCAAACUGGGCUUUCAUGUUGGUCAAGACAAUAUACAGAUAACUGUUGAAGCUCCUCUAGAACAUCCAUUCUUUGUAUACAAGCAAGGCUGGUCCUCUUGUUCACCUGAACGUUCUGCCCAACGUUAUGGCUUAACUUGUCACAAAUUGAAAGUUGGAGAUGUAUGUAUUUCUCUUACUGAUAAACCUCAGACACCAGGCAAUGGUGAAAAAAAGGUAUCUAGUGUAUCUGUGCCAAUUGUGAAUUCAAAUAUUACCACAAGGAAGCAGAAUUUAUCUUCUGAAAAUAUGGUAGCUGAUGACACAAAAGAAAUGAAAUCUCAAGUGCUUGGCCUUCUUUCAAAUGUGAAUUCACCGUCCGAAAAGCAAUCCUCCCAACUUUUAGAUAAAUUAGUGACAACCGAAAAUGAAAUGCGACCUUCAGGGAAAAGGAAAAGGCGGUGGUCUGCUCCUGACAAUCUUUCGCAAGAUGAGGAUGCAGAUCCAUUAAGUUCUUGAGAAUAUGUAUGUAUAUAUAUACGUAUAUAAGUAUGCAUCUGGUCACAGUUUUCAUUUUCAUCAUGUUUUUAAAAAAACUUUGUAGAAUUUUAUUAUAUGUGUGCCAAUAUGCACAUUUCUCAUGCUGGUGAAAAAUGUAUGCGUAUUAUCUGCUUUACUCAUUCUCAUAGAUAUUUUGACUAAAAACUUAAUCUAAACGCAUCUACAUAAAUAGCAUCUAAAUUUAAAUUAGUGUGAUAAUUAAACUGUUAUUCAUAUUUCAUUCAUAAGUUAUCACAAAUACAGUGAAAAAGUUGAAUUGUGAAAUAUGUAUGAUUUUUGAAGUGAAGAGAAUUUAAGUGUAUUUUAGGUUGAUUUUGGGAUGAGAAAUAGGCUAUAGCCGAGAGACAGGCUUCCAUCUUUAUUUCUGUGGAUGUAUAGCUUUGCAGAUAAAUUUAUAAUGUAUUCAGUUUGAUCAAAAAACAUAGAUUUAAUUUUCAGCAUACUAUUUUAUAUGGAAUAAAGUAAAUAAGUACUGAUAUAACAUUAUGAAUUGUCUGAGUUGUAUUUUUGAUGAACCAUGAUUGUUAAUUUACUAAUAAUCAUAAAAUUUACUUAAAUAUUUUGAAUUUAUUUAAAAAAGUUGUUUAAAACAUCUUAAAACCUGUGAAUUUCUUAUAUAUUAUGCUGUGCCAAUCCAUUUAAAUCAAUUUUUUCCCAAAAUAUUUUGGAGACAUUUGUAUUGAUCACAAUAAUUUGCACAAACUGCGAUAUCCUGUAUGGGUAGGAAACUUCUGAAAUUUCAUUCUUUGUCUGCCAAAUCUGUAAAGCUGUCAUAUAUUUUGGCCAUUUUAUAUGGUAACUUUUUUCCCCUUGUUAUUGCAAAAAAAUUUUAAAAUAAUCAGUAUGCAAUAUAUGGUGAAUCAUGAAUAUUGUUGACUACUCUUAUAUAUAUAUAUUGAAUCAAUAUGUUAUGGUAUAGUAUUUUGAUUGCCUGGUCUAAUGUUAUGUUUUAAAAUAUUCUUUCCUAUACUUGAAAAAUAUUUGCUACGUUAACUUUUUAAUUGCAGUAUUUUUUGAUUAAAUAAAUGUAAAAAGUUUAAAUGUUUAAAUGAAAGAGAAGUAAUUUAGUGCAAUUGAAGACCAGAAAUUAGCAUAGCUCACAGGCAGAUUUUUGAUCGUAAAAAUUACUACGAUUAGGCUAAAAAAGAAAUAAAGAGAAGGGGAAAGAAAGAACAAGAAAAAGGUGAUAAAGAAAAGCUAUGAAUUUCUUUUUAUGAUUUUAUAGAACAAAACAACAAACAUUAUAAAAAAGGACAUGAAGUAUAUAAAAAUUAUUUUUGACAUUUUUCAAAUAUGUGUUUUACAAUAGUUUGUUUUAAAACUUAAGGAUGUUCUAGUUGGAGUUCUUUAGGUGUUUCAUUUUACAAAGAUUCCAAAGAUGUGAUUUUCAUAUGACUUUGCUUAUAUCCUGACUCUGAGUGAUGUAAAAGAUAUGUAUGCCAAAUUUCAAGAAGGUUGGAUAAUAUUUAGGGGUUGCACAUAUUGAUCACUUUUAUCUGAAAUAAGGCAAAUUUCUAAUAUUGUAGGGCUUUUUACUAAUGGGCUUCUCAUGUAUUUCUUUAACCACAAUGUUGCAAAAGUUUCUGUAUCUCCAGUUGUGGUUUACUGAGCUUGAGAUAUCAAUAAAAGUAAAAUGGUGAAGAACAUCAAAGAGUCACUCUUUGAAAAAUCCUCCUUGUUUGGUCUUACAUUAGGAUAGUAAACUGUUGCCUUCAGUUGCCCAAGGGAGUGUUAAAUCUUUGGAAAAUAGAUUUGCAGUUCUAGGAGGUUAGUCUCAAAACGACUUCAGUUUCAAGGGCCUCUGUAACAAGCAAAGCAAAGGCAAUAUAUGCACUUAAAUUAUUCUCUUCACUGAAAAGUUGAAUAUCCCUCGAUGAGAAUUAAAAGUAAUGAAACAAGGUGCACAUUUUGUGAAUCUCGUAUAUGUUUGCUUUUAGCAUGAGACAACUGUAAUUCGGGCUCCAAAUAAUGUUUUGAUUAUGUUACAGCUCCUGAGCACUUACCCAAAUGCUAAUGUAAAAAAAAAAGUGCUCUCACAAUUGCUAAGAGACACCUUUUUUAUCUAUCAGAAACAAAUGUAAACUUGGCUUUUUUGGACGUAUGAGUUACUCAGGCUGAUAAUAAAAAUGUGAUUAAGAAUUUAGAAAAUGAACCCGCGAAGAAAGAGGAAAUUAAACAAUCGGAGUGUAAAAAACCUAGUUUUUGAAGACAACAAAAUGAGCCAUUUCAUUAUUAAUAAAAAAAGCAACAAUGUUCUUUGAAUUGUUUGGGAUCCAUGACAUGAAUACUGCAGUUAUUCUCUAAGAAGCCGUAUGAAUGCUUUUAAGGUGGUCAAUGAUACCGUGGAAAGAGGUGGUGUUGGUGUAUUUAAUUAUGGCAAAGCACACGAGGGCUAUCUGCCUAAGGGAAGGGAUGCCUUUCGUGGAGGACUUUCUAAGGUAAACUGGCUCGUAUACACGUUACACAUGGGGAAAACCAUGAAAACGGCCAUGCAGCCAGCCCGUUCGCGGGAUUCGAACUUUGGACCGAACUACCAGUGUUCAGCGACUUUACCGCUCGGCCGCUGGUGGGCCCCCAUGAAAAGAGGAAUUGCUGUGAUAGAAAUGUGUCAAUGAAUCGGCCGGGGAUGAACAAUAAAAACAAUUCUUGAGGUUAGUUGAGCAUUACAGAAACGGUUUCACCAAGCUAACAAAAGAAGAGAUUGCAUCAUUCAGAGUUGAUUAAUAUAAUGCAUGUUUUGCCUACCUAUUAAUCUUAAUAUCUAGUUUUAAUAUUAUUUUAGGUUAUUAAUUUUUAGUUUUCCCAAUAAAAUUAACGUUGAAAAAUCAUAUUUUUUUUGCAUACCUUUACAAAAUUGAACAAAGUGUGGCACCUCUAAAUAUUUACCAAUCUUUUUGAAGUUUGGCAUAUGUAUCUUUUAUAUCACUGAGACUUCUUGAGUAAGCAAAGUCUAAAAAAAAAAAAAAAAAAAAAAAAAAAAAAAAAAAAA